CAAGCCCAGGAAAGCCAUCUUGGCGUGUGUCCAGGCUGUGCGUGUGUGUGUGCGCGUGUGGGUUCUGUGCACGGCACAGGCGUGCCAAAGUGCUGCUGUUCCAUAGGCUGUGGCGCCUGCUGCAUGGCCAAUGAUGCACCCUGCCUGCCUCCCCGCACACAGUCCCAAGAGCCUUUGGACAGCUCACAGGCGCACGGGGGCUGCCGGCUCUUCUGCUUCUUCUUCCUCCUCCUCCUCCUCCUCCUCUUCUUCCUUUCAGGACAGCGGCCACCCAAGUCCAGACCGAGAGCUCCUUCCUCUGAUUUUAUUUUCCAACUGAUUAUUUCUCUGCUCCUGCCUCUCUCUCCCUUCUCCACUCCGGUUUGCAACCUCCCGUCUCUAGGGGAAAGCUGCAUUCUGAAGGUUGGAAAUGAGUUGCCCUCCAGACAACCUGCAGCAACACCGAAAACAUUGGAGCAAAUGCUUUUUUUAGAAGAGAGGAUCCCGGUGUUUUCGGUUGAAUGUCAUCAGCCUAAACCUAGCGAAUACCCGUUGCGGCUUUUGGGAAAAUGAACUGAAAGAUGUCGGGGAUGGAAAGGAUCCUUUGAGCUUCCAAUAUGCCAGCAGACCACACCAGGUGUAAAACAACAAUGACCUGCUCAGAGAAGUCCUUGCUGUUGUAACCAAAGAACGAGAUUUGGCUCUUUGGGGGAAACGCCAGCUCCAAGCCAAACUGGAGAACUUAGAGCAAGUCCUAAAGCAUAUGCGAGAGGCUGCUGAACGGCGGCAACAGCUGGAAUUAGAGCAUGAACAGGCCUUGGCUAUUCUCAACUCAAAACAGAAGGAAAUUGAACUGCUGCAAAAGGCUCAGGUUGAGGCUAAGAAAGAACAUGAGGGAGCAAUCCAGCUGCUAGAGGCCAAAGUCUGUGAGCUCGAAGAGAAAUGUCGGACGCAGAGUGAGCAAUUCAACCUCCUGUCCAAGGAACUGGAAAAGUUUCGGCAACAAGCUGGGAAGUUUGAUCUUCUAGGCACUAACCUGUUGGCCUCCUCGGCUCUUCCUGGCUCUCCUAGCAAAUCUUUAGCCCAGUUCAUGAAUGGAAUUGCCGCCUCUCUGGGUCAAGGUCAUGAAAGUCCCUCCCGAGGCCAGUUUGUGAUCUCUGAGUAUACACGUCCCCUGCAGCUGUCUGGUGACAAACCAGAACAACUCUCCAUCAAACCAGCUUUCCUGGUCCGCUCGCGUUCUGGCAGCCCACGAUGCAGAUUUGAAUCAGACAUGGAGAAGAAACAGAAUUCUAAUACCUCAAAGCCGAGAUAUUCGGGGAAAGUCCAUCUUUGCAUUGCCCGAUACAGCUACAAUCCGUUCGAUGGGCCAAAUGAGAACCCUGAGGCAGAACUUCCACUCACCGCAGGAAAAUAUCUCUACGUGUAUGGAGAUAUGGAUGAAGAUGGCUUUUUUGAAGGUGAACUUUUAGACGGACAAAGAGGAUUGGUUCCCUCCAACUUUGUGGAUUUUGUGCAGGAUGAGUCUCGUUUAUCCUGCGGGUUGGGCGGCGAGGCCGAGCAGAACGUCCUCAACCACAGUAGUCACCUGGUGGAAGGAGAAGGCCUCCAGGACAUCAGCUUACCGGUCCAGUUAGACUCCGGCCUUCUCAAUAACGGUGCAGGAACUUUGGAUGUGAACAUUGACGAAAUUGGAGAAAACAUUGUGCCUUACCCUAGAAAAAUUACCCUUAUCAAACAAUUAGCCAAAAGUGUCAUUGUGGGCUGGGAAGCUCCAACUGGAUGGGGAACUAUUCAUAGUUACAACGUCCUGGUAGACAAGGAAGUACGAAUGAACGUCCCCUUCGGGAGCAAAACUAAAGCUCUCAUCGAAAAAUUGAACAUCGCUACAUGCACUUAUCGGAUAUCCGUUCAAAGCAUAACCAGCCGGGGCAAUUCCGACGAACUGCAGUGCACCUUGUUGGUUGGGAAAGAUGUCAUUGUGGCACCUUCACACCUUAAGGUCGACAGCAUCACCCAGAUUUCAGCGGAGAUCACCUGGCUUCCCACGAACAGCAACUACAGUCACGUGAUCUUCCUCAACGAAGAGGAAUUCGACAUUGUCCGGGCUGCCACUUACAAGUAUCAGUUUUUUAACUUGAAACCCAACAUGGCCUACAAGGUCAAGGUUUUGGCCAAGCCCCAUCAGAUGCCCUGGCAGCUGCCUUUGGAGCAACGUGAAAAAAAGGAAGCUUUCGUAGAAUUUCUGACCUUGCCAGCAGGUCCACCAGCUCCACCUCAAGACAUUCGAAUUCAGGCUGGUCCAGCACCAGGAACUAUCUUGGUUUGUUGGGCGCCACCAGUUCUCACCGCAGCGGGGACCUCCAACGGAGCCAAUGUGACUGGCUAUGGUAUUUAUGCAAAAAAUCAAAGGGUGGCUGAAGUGAUGUUUCCAACCGCAGAGAACACCACAGUGGCGCUAACCAAAAUCCAGAGCCUAGAUGCCAGAGAGCUCCUUGUGCGGACACUGUCUGCCCAAGGGGAGUCCAUGGACUCCCUGAGCACUCCCAUCCCGCCUGACUUACUGGUGCCUCCUCACCCUCAGCCAGCUCCCAAAAGCAAGCCAUUAUCAAGUGCCAGUAUCCCAGAUACCAAAGAGGAACACUUGUGUCCGCACGGGAAAAGGGACGACUCCUGGGAACAGACCCACGCGGCCUCUCCCGCCCACGGACACUCCCUGGAACCUCCCAACUUCCACAGCCCGCUUCACGGGCAGCGGUCACCAUCUCCCAAUCGGAUCCUCCCACAGCCGCAGGGGACGCCUGUCCCUAACACAGUCGCCAAGGCCAUGGCGCGAGAAGCCGCGCAGCGGGUGGCAGCCGAAAGCAACAGGAUGGAGAGGAGAGCUGCCUUUCCAGAAAGAAGCAACGCGUUGCAGUACGCCAACUCUGAUGAAGAAGAAGAAGAUGGGUACGACUCACCCAGGGUCAAACGAAGAGGUGCUUCGGUGGAUGAAUUUUUGAAGGGCUCCGAACUUGGGAAACAGCCCCAGUAUGGCCACGGGGAGGAAUACCACACGGAAAGUAGCCGAGGCUCUGAUUUGUCUGACAUUAUGGAAGAAGAUGAAGAAGACUUAUAUUCAGAGAUGCAGCUGGAAGAUGGCGGGCGGAGACGUGUUAGCGUAACCUCACACAACACCCUGAAGGAAUGCUAUCAGCAUAAAGGCACUGAAACAGCUUUCCCGGACCCUCCCAAUUUUGCCCGCCAACGUAAAAAACUGUUCAGUAUCCCAGAAGUCGCUGAAGAGGAUGGCGAUCCCUCUGAACGUUUCCACAAGCAGGGCUCACGGCGGCCCCACCAGACCCGAAGCACCCUCGCUAGAGAGGGUAGAUCCAUCAAGGCCUACCCUCAAGAUCAUCCUCCCUUCUGGCACCCCACCAAGUCACAGAGUUUUGAGGACCCCGAAGAACGAGGUUGUAGAUCCAGCAGGUCUUCCACCCGAAGUCCAGACAGUGGCUUGGACUGUGGCAGCGAAGAAGAAGAAUCACGUUUUAAUGUUCUCCCCGUGCAGGACACCCUCGCUGCCUGUAUGUCCCCCGCCAGUUGUCGGGAUGAUGACAGCUCUUCCUUAUCCUCACGGCCGCUCUUGGCCCGUCGGAAGACCCUGAUGCGACAGAGCAGCGUUGAAGAAGACUUUGGAGACCCCAUCCAGCUCUUUGUGGACUCUCCAAAGCGGGAGGACUUUCCAGCUUGUUACAAGAGGAAGCCCGAACAUCAGAGAUGUUGUAGAGCAGAACACUUGGCCCACGAAGAUGCUCAAGAAGACUGGAGUAGUAGCCCCUUGGUAGAGAACGAAACAAGACUUCCGUUUUCAAAGCAGCCCAACCAAAAGUCUGAAGCCCCACCGCUCUUAAGUAACCCGAUGUCGUCCAGGCGGCUGGAUCGAGGAGAGCAUCCGGGUCAAAGGUUAUCUCGUGACACUUCAGGUCGUCAACGAUCACGAUCACGUCCCAGUCUGGUCCCUUCCACGGAUGGGUACGGUACUCACGACCGUCUGUCGCCAGAGAUUUACGAAGAAUCGGAAACUGACCCCGGAGCAGAAGAGAUGGCCCCGCGCAUCUUUGUCGCCCUCUUUGAUUACGAUCCACUGACCAUGUCUCCAAACCCCGAUGCGACAGAAGAACUGCCGUUUAAAGAAGGACAGAUUAUCAAGGUUUACGGAGACAAAGAUGGUGAUGGGUUUUAUCGGGGGGAAACGUGUGCGAGGCUGGGCCUUAUCCCUUGCAACAUGGUUUCCGAAAUCCAAGCGGACGACCCAGAAAUGAUGGACCAUCUUCUGAAGCAAGGCUUUCUCCCUCUGAACACCCCUAUCGAGAAACUUGAAAGAAACAGAAGAAGCAGCCGUCCGCCUGGGUCAGCCACAAGAAGAAUGGUUGCGUUAUAUGACUACGAUCCAAGGGAAAGCUCUCCUAAUGUUGAUGUGGAGGCUGAGCUCACAUUUUGUACUGGAGACAUUAUCACUGUCUUUGGAGAAAUUGACGAAGAUGGUUUUUAUUAUGGGGAACUUAACAACCAGACGGGUCUUGUUCCUUCAAAUUUUCUUGAAGAAGUGCCUGAUGACGUAGAAGUUUAUUUAUCCGACGCUCCCUCGCGAUACCCUCAAGACGCACCUAUACGUACAAAAGCGAAAAGGAAGAAGAGUGUUCAUUUCACACCUUAAAAAUGGGCAACGUUGCCUUCACGUAAGUGAGCAACUGGAGAUACCAAUAGAUACACCUGUUCCUCUAAGUUGGCCUUCUGUAACGCGAGCCAUCUUGGGCCCAUGACGUGUGCAGAAGAAAAAAAAAAGAGAAAUAUGUCUCCAAAAUUCCUUAGCCCUGGGUUCCAGAUCUUCUUUUUGAGGACUGCCCUUUCCCAAUCGGAUGCCUUCCAGCUAUGGUGGACUACAAGUCCUAUCACCCCCAGGUGACCAGCCAUCGGACUGCUAGUCCGGCGGCCAUAGAAGGCGCUGAGUUAGGAAAGGAGAAUUUCUGAUUUAAAAAAAGGAAACGCGGAACGCGCCUUGCGUUCAAGGGCUUAGGCUCGCUUAAACCCACAGAGGGAGAAAACCUUUUAAUAUUUGGAACAUAUUUCUUACCGGCCUUAAUGCUUGUUUGCAUAGCGUUCCCAGUGGUCUGGUUCCCAAGAAAAGCUGCAUAUUGCAUUGUUAGAUAAUUUGGGAGAACAAAAAAGAAAAAAAAAGAAAAAGAAACACAAAAUUGCUGCUGAGCAAAGCCGGUUGUGCUCAACAACCCGGCUGGCCUUUGAGAGAGAGGACUUCUUUUGAAAGCAUGCUAAGCUGCAGUAUCUGGUUGUCAGCUUGCCUUAAAAGCACCUCUCCUGGUGCGCGGUUGUCCAUGGCCGAGUUCUUGCGUCCCUUAUGGACGUGUGCUCCUCUGCCCAGCAGCUCAUGGGUUGACCAAUGCAAUAAGCUGAAAGGAAAGCGCGCCGCUCAGAUCGGUGGGCCAAUGCAUUAGUGCUCCAGAGAUGGUAUCUUCAGGUGUAUGUUGAAAUUGCACUGAGAAAAGGAUCCCUUUUGGCUUCUCCCCCCCCUCCCCCCAUUAGACAAGACCUUGAUCGAAGAUCAAAGCAAGCUUGGGACCUCCUUGACUUAACAAACCCACUGAGAUAUCCAAACAGCCAGGCAGAUGUUAACAGGAGGGAGGUUGGGUCUUGUUCGGAGCUCCAUUUUGGAUUUUUCCAUUUGGAGAACCUGUUUUUCCUAGGGGUGUCAUCCUCUUCCACGCCAUUGAGCGUUGUGUGGCACGUGCCACCCAACCCAGAUACGUUCAACCAAAGGUCUCAGAGCUUUCUUUGAUUUGUGAUUAAGGUUCAUUUUAAUUUGGUUUGGUGUUGUUUUCUCUCCUUUCCACCAGUGUGCCAUCUUCUCAAAAUAUGUCCUGACAGAAUGCUAAAAAUUGGCGAGGGGGUGGGGUGGGGGGUGGAUUAAGAAGCCUGGAGGAAAGCAAGAAUUGAGCUAGUCUGACACAGAUUCUUCCCAGAAAUGGGUGAGUCCAGGUAGACAUAUGCCACGUGCGAGUCCCCAGCUCCCUCUUCCUCAGGAUCCCUCCUGAGAAGAAAGGGGAUCCAGGCAAAAUCCAGAUCCCUCUUUAAAACAAGUCAUUUUUUCAGAGACUGGUCUACUAAAAGAAGCGGAAGGCUUCAGCUAUCUAUGCCGUGAUUUUAACAUAAAUCAAGUCCAUAAAUCCAUUUACACACGUCUUUUAAUGUACUCCGGGAAACGGAUGGGUCUGUCACGUGGCAUACGUUAAAAAAAAAAAGAGGAAGAAGAAAAAGAAUUCCUGCCCCUAAAAGGUGUGUGUGUGUUUGUGUGUGUGUGUGUGUGUGUGUUUAAUGCAGCGUUUGUCAACUUUGGCCACUUUAAGAUGGGUGGACUUCAACUCCCAGAAUUCUCCGGCCAGCCGUGAUCAAGACUGAGUGCUCUAGAUCAGGGGUCCCCAACCCCCGGUCCGUAGACUGGUACCGAGCCGCGGCACACCAGCAACUGGUCCGCACAAACAAGCAAAGACCCAUCUGUGGGAUGCAGGCAGCACGCAAAACCACGUGCCGUCCGGUCUACGGAAAAACCUCUCCAUGGAACCGGUCC